UUUAAUAAUUUUUAGAGAAUUUAUGGAGUAAAGAAGAACUUCAAGACCUUGAAAAGUUUUUCGAAUUGAAGGUAGUGUACAAAUUUCGCUUCUUCUUGGCCUUGUUGCUAGAAUCGUUGACAAACUUAUCGGGCAAUCUGGCACUCUUUUAACCCCCUCGCCCCCUUAAAAAUGUUGUGUUAUGGUAUUGUAUCAUGAAUAGAUAAUGCGUUAUGUUGUCAGUGAAAACAUGAUGUCAUACAACAACAUUGCUUAGGGGGUAGGUAUAUUUGGCUACUUAGGAAUCUUAGUUUGGAACAUAGAUAUCUUAUAUACAUUAGAUAGUAGAUAGUGCAUGCAUCUAAUUAUUCUGCAAUUCAAAAAUUGAAGCCGUGAUUGCAGACUCAGGAUAUUCGCAUGAAAUGAGAAUUUCUAUUUCUUAAACAGGGAACUUAAACAUUACGUUAAACCUAUUCCAAAUACAUUUUCAAACUAUUCAAACGAUGAAAGUUAUUGUUGUUUUUAAGCGUUUAUUAGCGAGUGGGAAACUCCAACAUGGCCGACAUCUAUUCAAAUGGGGGUAACCGCUGGAAUAUUCUUGGCUUCAAUUUUACUAAAUGAGAUGCGCUAUCUAGUGUAUAUAAGAUAUCUAUGGUUUGGAAUCAAUGAAUUUUUGACCAUGUUUUUCAGGUUGCCCGAACAUGUUACGAUUAGCGUUAUGAUUAACAUUUCUAUAGCAUAAAUUCACAUGUGGAUAUAUGAUCAAAUGAGCUUUACAUCAAGUAUUAUAUGCUUACCUAAUUGCAUACUUAGCCUAGAUUAUUUUAUCUUUACAACAAUUGUGAUAUUACUUUCUUAAUAGACCUUUCCCCUUAUAACCAAAAUUUUGAUCUAGGUAAGUCUAGACAAAUACUUCAGCACAGCUUGAAAGAGCAUCACAAAAUUAGUAAUAUUCCAAAGUUUCAUUGCGAAAUGUUGUAAAAUGAGGAAAAUAGAGCCUUGCGAAGUUUGCAAUUUUCAGUCAUUUUGCAUUACAAACGGGAAAUUGCAGCCCCAACACCCGAAUCGGAUGUCAAUUUCCCGUUUGUAAUACAAAAUGACUGAAAAACGGCAAACUUCGCAAGGCUAUAUUAUCCGCAUUUUACAAGAUUUUGCAACAAAACUUUGGAAUAUUACUAAUUUUGUGAUGCUCUUUCAAGCUGUGAUGAAAUUUUUGUCUAGAUCGAAAUUUUAGUUAUAAGGGGAAAGGUCCAUUGUCCGCUUUCCCUGUGGGAGGAAACUGGAGUACCAGGAGAAAAGCCACGACUUUCGGCAGAGCGUUGACUCACUCUUUUCACAUGAGUCCAUAGCAACAAUCAAACCCACGAUCUCAGAGGUGAAAGGCGCUUGAUAUGACGACUGCGCCACCAAAGCCCCAAUUAUUGUAGGCUCGGUUCCAGAUGACGAGGUUUUGGAGUAAAUGUGUAGGUAAAUGAAAUUAUAUCCAGAUACGCGUGCAUAAUAUCUCUUUUAUUCUUAUCUUUAGGUUGUUUGUUAUCCUUACAAACUGAACAAUAUGACGUCCUUUCUGAAAAUUAUUUCUGCCGAGCAAAUGAUUUUGAAGGACUUCAUUCAGAUUAUGAGACUGGAACUGGUGAGUGCCACUAUAGGGUAAUAGCCCAAUCUCGUUCCCCGAGCCUGCAAGUUCAAAGUCAGUCGUCAUCAGGUCGUCAUCCAAUCAGAUGCAUGCAUCUAGUAACUUGCCGAGCAUGCGCCCAAAAAAAGUGGGUACACUAGUUACGUCUCUGUAUGUCUCUACUCUGUGUCUUGGAUGCGCGCGUUAAUUUGAAUCACUUCGCUAGGUUUGAAAUGGCGUGGUUGAUGUGCCAUUUAAUUAAAUUUCAAAUGACGCGAGCCAACAGAUCACGACACUUUUGUAUAUAAAAAGGGCGCGUGAAUUGAACAAGACAUAUAUUAUUAGCAUAGAGUAGAGCAGUGGAGUAGAGACAUAUGUCUCUACUCUGUGUUAUUAGCACUGAUGAAGAUCCGGGCUUACGGAUCGAAAGCUUUGCAGUAAUAAAUUUACGUGGUGUUUCCACAAACAAAACUAUUAUAAGUUGUAACAAGGUUGUUGUCAAGCCGAUAUGAUGUGUUCACACUGCUUGUUCCCAGUUGUUGUGACAAGUCUGGAACAAGUUGUUGUCAUCUUGUUACAAGACUAAUACAACAACAUCAACUACUUGUUAAGAACUUACCAUACCAUUACCAUUUAUUUCUCAAGAUAUGAAAAAUUACAUCUCGAAGGAAAUUGAGAGGUUAAUCCUAUAUAAACAAUUCCCUGAAUAUGAAAAAUUGCCUGUUACGUGCGACGAUAUCAGACUUGUUGGAACAACUUGUUUCGAGUCUGAUGGCCUUAACAACCUUGUUACAAGGUAAUAACAACUUGUUCCAGACUUGUCAACAACUUGGGAACAAACAGCGCGAACACAUCUUGUUCACAAGCUGUGAGAAUUUUACGCGUUUGUGGUACAAAGCACGUUCUCAUUAUUUUGUAAAGGAAUGUUUAGUAAUUAGGUAGGGCAGUUGUAAAAGUUAAAUAUUUAAGUUCUAAUCAUCAAAAUUUUAUGAAUUGUUUCCCCAAAAUGCAGAAAUUGCCGCUUAAGAGACUCUAGGUUUUAAAAAUGUCCCGGAGAAGAAUGCCCCAAACCUCCCUAGCGUUUGGCAAAACCUCGGCCUUUCCUUCUACCUCCAUUCACUAAAAAAACUGGCUACGUUUCUGGUGGCUCUUUGUUUUUUAGUUUUUGUAUUUGACAUUUUAGCAUAACGAUCCAAGUCAUCGUUGGAAUGUUGAGUGGUGUCUUACUGUUCCUCCUGGCGAUCAAAGAAGAAAACAACUGUUAGGAACUCCCGCUGUUGUGGCUGAAAAUAAUAAAGUUCUUUUCUUUGUGAGUACAAUUCUCUGGAAAAGAUUUAUUCCUCCUCUCCCGAAAAGUCCCACUUUGCAAUAGCCUCCACUUCAUUUAGGAGAAAAUAUUCUAAAAGAAGAAGAUAUUCAUUAAACGUCCCCA